AUGGCUGCCGUCAGUUCCAGCGUCGAGGAGCCUAAAACCUUGGUCGAUGCACAGCCACUGCUCCAGCCCUUAACACGCAAUUGGGCGACUGGAGUGCGCCUCGAGUUUCUCCAGGGUUACAUUGAAGAUUAUAAGGUCGCGCUCACUCACCCUAACCGCGAAGCAUGCUCUGAUCUGAUCGACAAAAUCGUGAACGCAUGGUUUGAAAACUUCCACUGGACUCUUACUGUCAAGGAGGAUCCAGCAGUCGUCAAACCACGCGUGCCUCUUGGUGAAGGAGGCUUUGAAAACCUAUCUGCUGAAGAUAGCGUUACGAAAGGCAAGGUAAUCGUACGGAUGCGCACUUCGCUCACCAACUGGUUUGAUCAUCACACCAAACGAGCUGCCAAGAAAUCUCCCAAAUCAGCCGCUGGUAGUCCCGCAGCUAUUCUUCUCAACAGGCUGCUCGGUGCAGACUCCGGCCUGCCCAAACAGAUUGCUGGAUGGGCGGCGUGGGGGAAAGCAAACUUUGCGUCUAUGAAGUCGGCAUUUGAAGAAACGUUUUCAGCGGGGGGGAAGCCGGAAUCUCAAUGCGCGUCGGAGUGCAACAAGUUCAAGAAACUCGAAUUCGAGAAGUUAAGCGAGGAGGAACAAGAACUAUGGAAUGAGAAGGCGAAGAAAGAUCAUCAGUCGGUGAAGGAGGCCUACAAAAACCGCAAGGACAACCUACCCGAAUUGUUGCCUCCAAAAGAGGCUCAGUUAAUUCUCAAUAACCUUCACAAUGUCUUGGGCCCGGUGAUACAAGGGCUGGGGCAAGCUCUGGGGAUGCAUGUUACAGUUUUGUUGGGGGGGCCUGAGCCGAGGAAGAAGGGUGUGCUCAACGUCAUAAGUCUACAUCAAGGGUUGAACAAGGCACCAGUCCCGAAACCAUGGGGGUUAGCUGAUAAAGAGGGCUGCAAAAUUGUUACGGCACAGUUCCUCGAAUUUAUCAAGACCUGCUACACACCUGAGGAACAACGAGCGCGUGCUCUCGACGAAAGUGAUAUCGUCGCAACUUCCACCGACCCCAUCGCCUCUACCUCCAACAUUGACGGGGAUGGCGCUGAGUCGGACGAAGAAGGCGCUCAAUCCUCUCCCUCAGAUUUGGUUUCAACCUCAGCCGCCACCGGAGAUAAGGGAAAACGUAAGAGAGGCGGGAAGGGGUCGGUUAAACGUCAGAAGAAGCAGAAGAAGCGUCGCACUGCGGCUUCUGAUGAUUCGAAUGCCGAGGAUGACGACGAGAACUACAACGAGGAUGUGGAUGUUGUAGAGAGCGGCAGAGGAGAGGAGCUCACCAGCGACGACGAGGACGAGGAGCGCACAAGGACCAGUUCCAGACAAGGCACCAAAGGGACAACGAUGGAUCCCUCGCGCUUCAUUGGGGAUAAUGAGACAGGCAUGGAAUCAGCUGUCAACCGUAACGUUGAUACAGCUCUUCCAUCAGCCAUCUUUCCUGAGCCGGCUUCGGUUGAAGAUAUCGCCCACGCCCCCACCGUUCAGCUGUCAACUUCGAAUUCUGGAGCCGCUCCCCUCUCGACGGACACGCUGCUUUCUGGAGCCGCUCCCCCCUCCACCGACACGCCACCCCUUACAAUUGAAGGUCCUCAUUCUGUGACCCUCCCUCCCGUGGACGUGAAAUGGCUGGCGUGGUUUGGGAAGGCAUACGCACAAUUGACAUCUGGUAAUCUUGGACGAACCUUCUCGGCAACAAUCUUGAAGUACAUCGAGUUUGAAAAGCGUACCAGCUUCGGCAUCGGAGUAGCGGGAGGUGGUUUCAAAAUUGACAAGAGGCCGAAUGAGGUGGGAUGGUGGGUUGCUCGUGGCCGCAAAGUCACGCCAAAAAUUACACUCGAGAAGCUGCCGGCGUUCGAGCAGGCAUGGUGGGCAUGGUGGAAGGGUUUGCAACCCAUGGCGCGUGGGGCAACUGAGGUGGAUGGGUUCUUGGAUGCGACACAUCGCGGCCUUUUGGAUGGGGAAGACGGAUGGGCCUGUGUUCGUAAGCAUGGGCAGAACGGCUGGUACACCGUUCUCGCAACUUUGGUGUGGUGGGCUACCACCCUCGGAGAUGACCAUUCAUCCCAUGCUGGAUGGGUAGCUGCCGUGGAGGAUGUCAGCUGGGUCUUGUCUCAGGUUCUAGGCUUGUCGGAUUCGGGCUCGUCGAGUCUUGUCUCUCAAAAGCCCGCUGCGUCGACUCCCCAAAAGCGUGUACGCUCGACUCUCGUUCCUCAGGUCCCGGCCAUUCCCCCUGCCAAGAAGCGCAAGUUGAGGGUAUAG